UACCAGAAACACAGACUGGACAGCAGGAGCUACAAAGCACAGACUGUGGGAUUCUACUCUUUAUCACCUCACAUCAGAUCCCGGGAGAAGUUUUGGUUCUUCUGCUCUCCAAUUUGGAGAUUCUUCUCAUUUGUGUGCGGGUUACAAGCCCAUAGCGCCUACUACAGAAGAGGAACCGACCCCCUGUUCUCCCCGGUCCCUCUGCCUAAAGCAAGCCGUGUGCCAUCACCCAGGUCGUCUUUGCUGGAAUGAAUAUAUCUGAGUCCAAUUACUGUCGAGAGGCCAGUACUCAGCCCAGCCAGGUCGUGGAGCGCGGAGCAUGGGGCGCUCCCCCCAGCCCCGCCGCCACUGACCGGGUCCGGGGUUUCGACCGCAGCCCUGCCACGGAGCCGGCGCCGCGCCAGGCCUCCCGGUGCAUAGGGGCGGCGGAGAGGAAGGCGGGGAGCCCGGAGCAGGCGCGACCCGGAGCGCCAGCCUGCGGCGAGGGGAAGUGUGGGGGCGAGACGCGGAUCCGCAGGCCCAUGAACGCGUUCAUGGUGUGGGCCAAGGAUGAGCGCAAGCGCCUGGCGCUGCAGAAUCCCGACCUGCACAAUGCCGUGCUGAGCAAGAUGCUAGGCCAGUCCUGGAAGGCUCUGAGCAUACUGGACAAGCGUCCGUUUGUGGAGGAAGCCGAGCGUCUCCGUCUACAGCACCUGCAGGAUCACCCCAACUACAAAUACCGGCCCCGUCGCAAGAAGCAGCCCAAGAAGAUGAAGCGGGUGGAGCCAGGCCUGCUUCUCCACGGCCUGGGCCAGGGCACAGGCGGAGGCGCCGUCAACGGAGAGGCCUACCCCCAGCACCCUCACCCACAUCACCUGCUACCUUCCCUGGGUCACUUCCAAGAUCUGCACCUGCCCGGGGCCUCGGAAAUGGAAAUCUACGGCCUCCCCACGCCGGAGAUGUCGCCCCUGGACGUUCUGGAGGACGGUGGAGGAGACUCUGUCUUCUUUCCCCCGCACAUGCAGGAGGAUGUGGGGCUGGCGCCGUGGAUGAAUUACCACCAGCACCCAAGCCAUGGCCACCACGGGGGCCACCACGGGGGCCACCACCACCCUGGCCCCCAUCCACUGCAGCACCCCCACUCCCACCUCAGCCACAAGCCUCCACCGGCCUGCCAGCCCAUGCAGGAAAAAUGCCUCGGCCCGGAGCCUACGAACCCUCACGGUCUCUACCCUCCUCAGGCCAACAUGGGGCUGCCGGAGCCGCCAAAGGCCACACAGCCUCCCCGUCCGGCUGGCUACUACAGCCAUAUAUACCCCAACAGCCAGCAGCAGGCUGCCUUCACCUCACAACUGGGCCAGCUCUCCCCGCCUCCGGAAUCCUCCACCCCGGCGCUCGCCCCUGCCGUGCCCCAGGGCCCCCCUUCCUCCCUGGACACUACCGACCAGCUGGGGCCCUCAGCGGACUUCUGGAGCGAGGUGGACCGGCAUGAGUUCGAGCAGUACCUGAACGCCGGCAGGACUCGACUGAACCCGAGCGGUGCUUGUGAGGAGAGCAGCACGCUCAUAUCAGCCCUGUCUGACGCCAGCAGCGCCGUCUACUACAGCGCGUGCAUCUCUGGAUAAACACCGCCGCCGCCGAGCCUGCAGUCAGGUGGACGUGCCGGUCUCUUUUGGUUUUAUCAACUCCUACCAACGCAUCCGUUCGUCUGAGUCGGCCUGGCUUCGUUUUUGCCCUGUGUAAGUGUCCUGUGAGUCAUCUCAUGCACUUCGCCAAAUACUCUUUAAAAACAUCUGAAAAUCGUAAUUUUUUUAACAACUUGUUCUAGCCCCCUGGAGUUGUUUUCUGCAGCCCACACGUGUACACUAUAGAAUACACAAAGAUAUAUACACCUACUCAUUUUACAGACUUGAUAACCUAUAUUCUCCAAAACCGUGGUCAGUUCCUGUCAACAAUUUAGCUGACUCUAUCCAGCUACUGUAUUCUUAUGUACCAGUAAUUCCAGCAGGCAUCUUAAAUAAGGGUCAGGAGACUGGGAGAGUAAGAAUGUGAAUACUUUUUUCAUUUUCAUGGUGUUUUUUGUCUUUUACGUA